UGGGUCAGGUGGAGGCAAGAUGGGCCCCAGGGGCAGACAGAGCCCCCCAUCCCCACUGGCGCCCUCCCAAGGGUCUUGUUUUUUCAUCCUCUUCUGCUUGCGCUUAGGUGCCUCCUGCCCACAGGCCUGCCAGUGCCCUGACCAUGCUGGGGCUGUGGCUGUCCAUUGCAGCUCAAAAGGCCUGCAGGAGAUCCCUAGGGACAUCCCGGCAGACACAGUGCUCUUGAAGCUAGAUGCCAACAGAAUCUCCCGAGUCCCCAAUGGAGCCUUCCAGAACCUGCCCCAGCUGAGGGAGCUGGACCUGUCCCAUAAUGCCAUCGAGGCCAUUGGGCCUGCGGCCUUCUCAGGUCUGGCUGGGGGCCUGCGGCUUCUGGAUUUAUCCCACAAUCGCAUCCGAAGAAUUCCAAAGGACGCACUGGGCAAGUUGAGUGCCAAGAUCCGCCUGUCCCACAAUCCACUGCACUGUGAGUGUGCUCUGCAGGAGGCCCUGUGGGAGCUGAAACUGGACCCUGACUCUGUGGAUGAAAUUGCCUGCCACACCUCAGCACAGGAGCAGUUCGUGGGGAAGCCGCUGAUCCAGGUCUUGGACUCGGGUGCCAGCUUCUGCAGCACCCACCGGAAGACCACUGAUGUGGCCAUGCUGGUCACCAUGUUCUGCUGGUUCACCAUGGUGAUUGCCUAUGUCGUGUACUACGUGCGCCACAACCAGGAAGAUGCCAGGCGACACCUGGAGUACCUGAAGUCCCUGCCUAGUGCGCCAGUCUCCAAGGAGCCUCUCAGCCCUGUGCCCUAGCGCCUGCCUCUGGUGGGCCACUGAGCCUGGCUGUCCUGGUUUCUGCACCAGGGGAGGUGAUGGUGCUCUUGUGUUCCGGGGAGGUGCAUUACAACUGCUUCUGCACAGCUCCAAAUGCACUUUCAUUGGCAUUUCAUCUCAGCAGCCACUGCCUGCACAGUAGGGGAUUUGCCCAUCUUAAUGGGUAGGUAAACUGAGGUUUAGAGAAAUGGAAGUCCUUGCCAGGCCUGGAUUCAGCUGGCACUCAAACCCAGGCUGCUUGUGGUGUAGGUCUGUGACCCCUCUGAUCUGCCAACGUUUUCCACCCGGUGCUGUGGGAAGUGGAUAUUCGUGCACACGAAGAUGGGGCCCUGGUAGGGAGGAUGGCUGUAGCAUUGUCAAUCAGAGGCAUCAGCAGCUUUGCCGCUGGGGAAUGGCUCACUCUGUUUACCGUUGCUCUCCCAGGACAUCUGAACAAAGAUGUUGCCCUUUCCCAGAGCAAAGCACUGGCGAUCUAGACCUUUCUGGAGAGGUCAGUGCAAAGGACAGCCUGUACCGGCCCGCACUGACCUUUGUUCUGGGAGUGCUUGGGUUGCCCUUGUGCCAAAAUUUCCGUCCAUUGACAGGGAGGAAAUGGGGAAACACGAGAAAGGUCCAGCAUGGGCUCACCAUGGCAGUGCCUGUUGCCAGACAACUUACGGCCCUCCCCUGCUUCCGCCACUCCCAUCUGUGCCUGGCCAGUGGAAGCCUGUCAAUCACAGUGGCUCCUGUGCCUUGCUUUUCUACUGCCGAUAUCAAAAGCAGCUUUUCAAAGGAAGAGGGGACUGGUGUCUGAGGUUUCCAUGCCAAUUCACAGGAGGCUGCUUUUCUCUAGCAACAAGAACUUUCUCUUUUCACCUCGCUGAAAUCCCAGCGUUACUUUGUUGGUCAAUUUUCUUACCUAUCUUACUUCAUGUUCGGGGUAGAUGUUACAGCCGCCUACUUGACUAACUUCCGGUUUUAUUAUUUACUGUCUUUUUGUAUAAGUGUUUUUAUCUUAAGCUAUGUUGAGUACUCGGGGAAGAAGCAAAUGAGCAUAGAUUGUGUGGAUGUCGGGUGUUGGGUCUAGAUGUCUCUUUCAGUGGAAAUUGACUGUGGCUUCUGUUUCUGUUGGAAAUUCUCUUGUGAUCUGCAGGGACAAGGUGAGACUGUAUCUGGGGCCCGGCCUGGCUUGGUUUUAGCAUCACUGUGGCCCACAGUUCUGUCACCAAGAGACAUGGCACCUGAGGCUACACGACUGUCAGCCACAGAAGUACAUGAGAAAGAAACACUCAUGAAUUCCAGACUUCCUCCCACUGCUGAGUGCUCACAUCUACAUGGUGGCCCCGGGGCCACCAUCCCCAGUGUGUGCCAUAUGAGUGGAGUACUAAUCUGAAGGCUUAGAUGGGCUCAGACCCUGCCCGCCAUUCUCCCACGGCACUGGGCCAAGCUACACUGUCUGCAGGGCUGUAGGAAUCAGGCCCUGGCCGGGGCUAGUAGCACCGUUCCCAUUCCAGUGAGAAUCGGAACCAUGAGCAACCUCCUUAGGGACACCAGGCACUGCUGCCUGGACCGCAUGGCACAGACAUAGCCAACCCAUGGUGUCUGGUUAAGUGUUCAGGGGAGGCAGGUGCUGAGGGCAGAGUGGUCUGGACCUGGAGGGUUCUGUCCCAAGGAGAAGAGGCUAGAAAGCCCGAGCUGAGGGCUUGGAUUAAGACUGGGUGCUAUCCUGCUGCUGUGGCAGUGUGGAGGAGAGUGGCUGUGUCUGCCCCAUGAACAGGGACACCCCCAGCCUGUCACCUACUUCGGAGGUGCUGGUGCAGAGGAUAUGGCUUGUAGUCCUCUUAUUGUGUGGUGUGAUGCGUGGAGCUGCUUCCUGGCUGGUGCCACAAUGCAGGUGGUAGCUGGGCCCCUGUAGCCCUUCCACCCCCCUACUUAAGGAGGGAGGCCCUCCCUGUCUCAGGAACCUGCCACUGUCCAGCAGGUCUGUCCCGUGGCCA